GUUAAUGCCACCAUCAAUGGGGACCGCUUCCCGCCAUUUUCCAUUAUCCCAAGGAAAGGAAAGUAGCCCCUUCUUCCAUUGUUUGACCCUCCCUUCAUUUUUUCUUGAUAUCAGGGAGAACCCAGUAUUGAUUAUUGAAUGGCCUCUGGAGCUGUGGAGAUCUUGAAUUCAAUGCCUGCCCUGCCCUUCCAAACCAGUGAUUUGUCUCCAUUAGGAAACUGCAACAACUACUUUAAUACAGCCGAUUUCCCAGAGGCUUCAAAUCACUGGAUUUGUCAAAAUGCAGGGAUUUGUCAAAUGCUGUAAUCCAAGUUUCUUAUUUUUCUAUUCAGAUCAAAUCACAGAAAUGUCAACUGAUAGAUACCCUGAAUUAGCUUGCUCAGCAAUCUGUUUGACAAACCUUCUUCUCCCUCUUCACCAGACGAUGUUUAUAUAUUAGAGCCACAAGAAGCUGAAUUGCCCUCAACAGUAUCAGAUCUGUGCCAUCUCCAGAAAAAUGCAGCCUGGCAAUGGCAACAACACCAUCAGGUUUCUUGUUCCAAGGAACCAGAAGGCACAAGAGCACAUUGCCAACAACACCGUCCUCCUGACCGAAAUCCUCGUUCGCCUCCCAGUCAAAUCUCUGCUUUCCAGAUCGAGGUGUAUUCGUCCAGAAACCGCGUCCUGGAGGGUUUCGGGGAACCCUUUUGUUGCACAUCUCAACACACUGGCGCAGCCCUGUUUUCUGCAGGGGGUGCUCUGUUCGAUGUUGCCUGCCUCAACUUCGACCUCGAGGAAGAAAAGCUCGGAGAGAUUCCAAUGCCGCCGAUCCCUCAAGGAUGGGAAGAGAGGUGUAUGUUUGCAUCUAGUUGAGGUGUAUACUUGCCCCACGACGCAAUUCGAUGUGCUCGAGAUGGCCGCGAGGGAUUGCUCCGAAUGGAACGUGAAGUACCGAGUCGAUCUGGACACGGUCGUGAUGGCUUAUCCGGCGAUGAAAUCGAGUUAUGUCGAUGAUCCGGGGAGCUUGCAUUACUACUUGUUUGAUGUUCUUGGUGUGUUUGGUGGUGUGGAGGGAGAGGAGGAGGAGGAUUGUUUGGUGCUUCGUGUGCCUGGCAAAAUCUUGAGGUUUAGUCUAGGGAAAAUGACGUUUAAGGAGAUUUGUGAUUUCGAAUCGAGCCGUGGGAUUGAGAUGGAUGGUUGUGUUAGAAGUUAUCGAUGGUUUGAUGUUUUCCACUUGGUUCAAUCAUUUUCCAGAUUAUGACACUUUGUUUCAGUCAGUUAACAAAAACCUGUUUCUGAGUUUGCCUGUGUAAACCACAGACUUUUUUUUUUUUUUUUGAAGGUGGGGUAAAUUGUAAGUUCGGUCACUGAAAUUAUUAAAUUGGUUCACAUUCGUUACUAAAUUCUUUUUAUUCCACUUGUGAUCACUAAACUUACUAAAAUAAGUGGAUGAUUAGUCAUGCAAAACUUUUUUUUUAUAUGGUCAUGACACAACUUUAAACCAGGAGAUAACCAUAAAAAAAAAGAAGAGAGGUAUAUGUACUAGGAGUAGAAUUCAAGCUCCUUGCACCUUGUUAUCAACUAGCUAGGGUUGCUACUUUCUACAAACCAAUUGAAACUAGUUGUAUAAUGUAGUUAUAAAUUAUACUCUAGAAACUAUGAAAUUAGCAACAUUGUUAAUUAUCAUUCGCCAUUUUGGUUAGUAUGAAUGAUGCAUAUAUUUCCUUUAAAUAUGAAGACAUGGUGUGGGUUAUUGUAAGGAACCAUAGAAGUUAUUUUAUGAUUUUUUUUACGUCGGGCUCACUUCAAAAAAAUCAUCGGUACGCAGUGCACGUACUAGUUGGUUUGAAAAAAUUUCUCCAAAUUUUUGUUAUGGGAUCAUUGACUCAUGAUUAUCAAGAACCAAUUGAUCCAAUAACUCGAGUUGUUGGGAGAGAUUCAAUUAUGGAUCAUUUACCAUUUACUAACACAUCCCUCGGAUGAAAGCCGCUCACAUAGGCUUGAAGUUUGCACAGGUCUGGUCACCAUGUGCUUAACAGAACAAAUGAGGAUCACUGAGAUUCGAACAGAAGAUCUCUUGAUCACAGUAGGGUCUGAUUCCAUAUCAAGAACUCAUUGUUCCCAAUAACUCGAGUUUUUUUUG